AUGGCAGCAGGACUCAAGACCAUCAUCGCGCUCUCCUUCGUCUUGGCGGUGGGCUUCCUCCUCGUCAUCUUGUCAUGCGCACUAUGGAAGGCAUACUACCCGCUGCUGGUGGUGGCCACCUACGUGUUGGCGCCCAUACCCAACUGGAUCUGCAGCCAUUGCGCCAAUCCGGACGACUUUGUUGAGAGCUCGGGCGCUGCGGUGUUGGAUCUGGGUCGCUUCUGCACUGGUUUCCUGGUCAUGAUGGGGCUUGCUCUUCCAGUAGUUCUCGCAAACUCGGCCAUCAUCACGGUCCCGGCCAUGAUCAUGUCCGUUAUCGGUGGCCUGUUGAUCUAUGGCACCAUUAUCAGCUUCGCCAUGUUCUUCCAGGAAGAGCAAGACUUCUGA